AUGUCAUCUUCUGAUGAAGAUGUAGUUCGCCGUCCAGCACGGGCUACGGCUGCUGAUCAACCUGGGAGUCCUAUCGGCAGCGAUCGCAGUAACACCCCGGCUGUGCGCGACCAGAGCCCAUUUGGAUCUGAUGCAGGAAAUCUGAAUGGUGAUGAUGACGCCGAUCUCUUCGGAUCAGAUGGUUCAGACGGCGGCUUUGGCGACGAUAGUCGGCCCCAGAGAACACUUGAGGACGAGGAGCUCGAUUCAGGAGAUGACAUUGAUCGCUAUGACAGAGCUGGAGAUCGUAUGGACGAAGAUAAUGUGGAAGGGGAUUAUCAGGAGACUGUGAACAUCAUGGAUUUGAGCUUAGGCCGGGCGCCUGAGCCAGUGACUUCGAAUGGCGAGGUCUUCACUAUGCCAGUGCCCAAUUUCCUAUCGUUUGAGACGGAGGAAUUCAGUCCGGAAACAUACGUUGCGCCUCCGUUCUCUACGGCAGCAACAUCGCUCUGCUGGCGCCACGAUCCGAACGACGAGUCCCUCCUUCAGUCGAACGCGAGAAUUAUUCAAUGGGAAGACGGAUCCUUGACCCUACAGUUGGCAUCGGCACCAAAGGAACAGUACAGAAUAUCCACCAAGCCACUGGCCCCCAUCAACAAGGCAGGCGAAUACGACAGCAAACUCGACUCGCAUGUAUAUCUAGGUGCGGCUGCCGAAACCUCAUCCGUCUUCCGAUUGACCUCACACCUUACCCAUGGUCUUACUGUUCUCCCUACUACCGUGGAAACCGAUGAUGCAGUGCAGCGUCUGCAAGAAUCGUUGGCCGCGGCUGCUCGUGGCAGCAAGAAGACAGCAGAUGGAUCCGCGCCAGUUAUCGAGGUGAAGGAGGAUCCUGAGUUGGCCAAAAGACAGGCAGAAAUGGCAGAGCGCGAGAAACUCAAAGCCGCGCGCCGUCGCCAACAGCUGGCGGAUAGGGAACUCGAUCGGGGCCGUCGCAUCGGGUUCUCUCACCGCUCAGGCGGUGCCGGCCUGACCGUCGGUGGGUUGGAGGAUGACGAUGGCCUACUCACCACCAGACCACGGGCGCGCAAGCCGCGCAAGCCCAACCGCCGCGGUGAAAUCUACACCGACGACGAGGAAGAUUACGAUCGCCGCGGACGAACAAGGGAGGAUGAAUACGACGAAGACGAUGGCUUCCUUGUCGGCAGUGACGAAGAGCCUGAGAUCGUCGAUGACGAUGAAGACGAGGACAUCUUGGAAGAUGAUGACAUGGAUGCGGAGGGCGAAGAAGAAGAGGAUGUCCCUGCACGUAAAACAACGAAGGAAAAGCGACCAGUGCCGGAGCCGCACAACUCAGAGACAGCUGCCGGAACACCACCCGUACGAAAGAAGAAUCGUUACAUUGUCGAUGAUGAUGAGGAUGAAUAG